AAAGAGUUUGCAAGCUAGGUAUAUAUAUUUUCGUCGUCGAACGCUGGCGAUUUUAUAAUCCAAUAAAGUUGUUUUGCGUGUCACUCGCAGUGAUCAUCCAAAUGUGUUAUCGUAUCGAGUUGUAUACGUGUCACUUUUCAUAAUACGUACAAUAAAACGUUUUCACUUUAUUACAACAUUAAAAUAUACCUAUAAUUAUUAUACGUACAUUUUCGGCCCUCACUUCGGAACUGUUAUCUUCGGCAAUCGAAGAUGCUACGAAUUGCCGCAAUAUUCCUGCUUCUUGCCAUCUCGGAAAUCAUUGCAGAAGAUUGCAAGGAUAAAGGCACUCAAUGUCCCACAUCAUCGGAGUUUAAUCAAGACAGCGACUGGCAAUCAGCUACCUCGGUUUAUGACUUCCAUGCAAACGAUAUUUUGGGCAAGAAUGUCCCAUUGGAGAAAUAUCGUGACCAUGUUCUCAUUAUUGUUAACGUUGCCAGCAACUGUGGCUUAACAGAUACCAAUUACAAGCAACUCCAGCAGUUAUAUAAUAAAUAUAGUGAGAAGGAAGGCUUGCGAAUUCUUGCGUUUCCUUCUAAUCAAUUUGCUGGUCAGGAACCGGGCACUUCCGAGGAAAUACUAAACUUUGUGAAGCAGUACAAUGUUACUUUUGACAUGUUUGAGAAGAUUAAUGUAAACGGAGAGACUGCCCAUCCGCUAUGGAAGUGGUUGAAGACCCAGAAAGAAGGACUCCUUACUAACGAUAUUAAAUGGAAUUUUACUAAAUUUAUUAUAAACAAGGAAGGUAAACCGGUGGAAAGAUUCUCUCCGUCUACUGAACCAUUAAGCAUGGAAGAAACUUUAAAAAAAUAUUUUUAAGUUUGUACAACAUUUACCUUAUUUCUCUCUAUAUAUUCUCUCUACCUUUUUAUCUACAUAUUUCUAAAUAACUACUUUUUUAUUUAGUAUAGAAAUAUAUAGUUACUUAUGCAUAAUUAUGUAAUGCUAACAAGGUAUGGAGAGAAUUACUUUUUUCUUUUAUCAUAUACUCUUUUU